AAAUGACUCCACAUCUCUUCAUUUAGAUCAGAAAUACUAAGAGAUACUUUUUGCCUUUUGGUUCUGCUUUUAUUGAUUGUGGGAUUUGAUUAUUGAUAAUAAAAUCAGGCUGAAAAACAAGCGAGGACAUCUGGUGGGUGGAACAGGGAAGUGCGGGAAGAAUGGAAAAGAAAACAUCUCAACUGGAGAUAAAUACACCUGAUCAAGUCUCUGUGUAUAUUAGAAACAUUAUGGGAUAUUUUAAGCUUCUCAGUCAGUUAAACUAAUAUUGAUUUACAAUUCAGCAAUCAAACAACAAAGGUGUUAAACUUAAAUCUGAACAUAAAGACACUGAUAAUGCAGCUCGUUCAGAAGCUGUUUAUAUCUUUGCGGCUCCAAUCACAGAACUGUUUUCUGUUCUCCUGCCAGGUCAGCCUGGGUAAACCGCCUCCUCACACGCUUCAUCGGAUCAACACAUCGACAAACACUCGCUUACGCUCUGGUGGAUUCAGCCUUUUAAUCUCUGCUACUCUCCACAGUCAAACACUCUGCAGAUUAGUUCCCCAACUUUAUUUCACUGCAUGGUGGAGAAGGAGCAGUUAGGAAAUAUUCCAGAAGUCUUUCCUUAGAGGUUGGGAUUUGUUUGGGAUAUAACUGGAUCUGUUCAGCAGGUGUUCCUGAAGUAGGAGAACCAGUUCUGGAAAGGUCCGAGCAGACCGAUGGGAUCCUGAUGUUCCUGCUCCGUAACCUGACACCCGAGGGGAUUCCUGCUGCCUCCUGCCUGAAGUCAUGGGUCAGGUCCAGGCCACCACCGAUACAGAAGUGACUCUGCAGAACAUUCAGGAACUGUACCGGAAAUUCACCGAUGAAUGUCCGAGUGGAAACCUGCACCUGCAUGAAUUCAAGAAAAUCUUUGGCGUCAGCAGCAAAUCAUCAGAGGAGGAGGUGGCUUUCAUUGAACUUGUCUUUAAAUCCUUUGAUACCAAUAAGGACGGUAAGUUGGACUUCAUGGAGUACGUGGCAGCCGUGAACCUCGUUCUUCGUGGAAAACUCAUCGACAAACUGAAGUGGUCUUUUAAAAUUUACGACAACGAUGGGAACGGCUGCCUGACCAAUCAGGAAGUGAGGCGUAUUAUCAAAAUCAUCACCAAAAUUAAAUGGCAUAAUGAUUCGAAUGUGGAAACUGUCGACUACAUCUGCGACAGGAUAUUUGAGCUGACGGACAAAAACAAAGACAGUCAGAUAUCUCUGGAGGAGUUUAUUGAGGGAGCAGAGAAGGAUCCGUGGCUCAUGGAGCAGCUCCGACUGGACUUAGCACCUAAAACCUGGUUCAUUAAAACCCAGCAGAAGAAAAACUGA